AUGGAUCAAAAUUCCAAUCUAAACUUGGGACACGAUUUUAUGGAAAUUGUUGAAAGUAGCGUAUCACCCGUUAAAUCCUACGCUUCGCAUGAUGAUAUGGAAAUCGUAGAGAAUGAUUUAAAAAAAAUAUUCGAAGAAAUAGAUAAUAUCUGUUUAACUUGUAAUACCUGGAUGAGUAAAGAGCAUGGUAUUAUUGCAAUAACGGCAAAUUGGAUUUCAAAUACUUAUAAACCACAAGAAGCUUUUUUAACUUUGGAAGAGAUCGAUUUUCCAUUUACCUCAAUAACAAUAAAAGAAAAAAUAAAAGAGAUCAUACAUGAAUGGAAUAUCUCUAAUAAAGUAUCGUUUAUAACAACCGAAAAUGCCGCUUGUAUGAUCGAAGCAAUUAAGUUGUUGGGAGAAGAAUUUAACGUUGAACGAAUUCCAUGCGUUUCUCACACGCUUCAACUUGUAAUAGCAAAAGCCAUGAAUAUUAAUCAAAAUAUGCAAAUUUUUAUAUUGAGAGUGAAAAGAUUGGUAUACUUUUUUAGUUCACCCAAGCAUUUGGAUAGUCUGAUAAAGGCACAAGAAGCAUUGCAUUAUACAAGAGUUUAUAAAAAGGUGAAGGAAAUUCCAACUAAAUGGAAUUCCUCUUUUUAUUCUUGGGAGAAAUUGUUAAUUCUGAGAAGGGCCUUAACCUAUUUAUGUAAUGAAAAAAUUUCAAAUCAAAAUAAAUCGGAAUCACGAAAUGACGAGGACAUAUUAAAUAAUAAAUCCAUCAUGAAUAUGUUGAUGGAAGAUGAUGUAAGUUCUGAUGAGGAGGAAGUGAAUGAAAUUGAUAUUUAUUUGAAAAUUAAGGCUAAUAGGAAUAUCAUGCCAUUAUAUUGGUGGGAAAAUAGUGAAAAUCAAUUUCCAUUUUUAAGUAAGAUAGCUAAAGAGUAUUUAGCCAUUUCUGUUACAUCAACAAAUUCUUCAGAACAUUCAUUUAGUUCAUUGGCUCGAAUAAUUGAAAAACGUUAUCCAUUAGAUGAGUAUUAUUUUUUACAAAAAAAUUCCAAUUUACUAGAAAUUUUCUGA